UUCCCUUCCAGCUUCCGCGAAAGGUACAUCGGGCUGCUGUACGUCCGGGCUUGUGGGAUGUCGUUCAACAGUAUUCGCAACACCGGAUAACACGUUGUGUAUUGGGUGCGUGUUCGCUUGGUAACUCCUGAUCUGACAACAAAUGAUGCCUUCAUGGUCUGUGAUGUCAAUUGCAAUGGUUCCAGAGAAACACAAGUGAGGAACAAUGAAGUGUGUGCUGUCGUUCCUGGUCGCAAUAUGCGUUGCGGUCCAGACGUCCGUAGCCUAUGAAUACAGCUACAUUGACCAGCUGCGCAUGGCACGCACGCACGCUGACGGAGGUGACGCGACAGAAAUCUGUCGCCUUCCCAAGGAUGUAGGCCCAUGUAAAGGAUACUUCCCCAAGUAUUAUUUUGAUGUGGAUCAAGGUCAAUGCAAGGAGUUCAUCUACGGCGGUUGCUAUGGAAACCUCAAUAACUUCGACACGUACAACGAAUGUAAGAAGACCUGCGGAGGUAUCUCUGGAGAGCACGAGAUCCACCAGAGAAGUUCUGUCUUUGAUGCCCCUAUCUCUGAUAACCCCGAAAGAGGCUGGUUCGACCCGCCAAAGAAGAUUCCAAUUGGAAAUGGUCUGUGUGCUUAUCUACAAAUAAUAAUACCGUGUUAGCAGAAGAGUCUGCAACGGUAGGUGUGCUAGCUACUUUUUGUCUCCCCCUCUGUAACAACAACAUAAAUAAAUGAAUGGAUGAUGAUGAUGA